CAUGGACCAUGGUGCACACAAUUAGAAAGUGGAUUGAAAGGAAAAAGAAAAAGGAAUAUGACAAGUCGAAGAGUAAACUUCAUUUGCACUAUUGCACCAUAAAGAAGACGUUAGCAAAUUUAAUUGAAAAACCCAAAAAGAAUAAAAAGAAAAAAGAGUGAAUCGUGAAGAACUAAUUAGAAACUUCCCACUAGAAAAACCCAAUUGUUGACCAAUACUCCCCAAAUUUUUUCAUCAAAAUUUCAAAGAAUCACAAAACCCCAUCAAUCAAAAUCAUCAUUUUCUGGGUUUUAAUUGGCGGGUUUUACGGAAAUUCGUGUAAAAUUGAUUACCCAAAUGGAGGAUCAGCUGAUAUCUCCGGCAGAUGUUCAUGGAAGUCCGGCGAAAGAGCAACAAGCAGCAGGAGUUGGAAUUCUGCUUCAAAUUAUGAUGUUGGUUCUUUCUUUUGUACUUGGUCAUGUUUUGCGUCGCCAUAAAUUUUAUUAUCUUCCUGAAGCUAGCGCUUCUCUUUUGAUUGGUUUAGUUGUUGGUGGACUUGCUAAUAUCUCUAAUACAGAAACUAGCAUCAGGGAAUGGUUUAACUUUCACGAGGAGUUUUUCUUUCUUUUCUUAUUACCGCCUAUCAUAUUCCAGUCAGGGUUUAUUCUUGCUCCUAAACCAUUCUUCUCAAAUUUUGGAGCCAUUGUUACAUUUUCUGUUCUUGGAACCUUUAUAGCCUCAAUUUUGACUGGCCUUUUGGUGUAUCUUGGCGGGGUCACAUAUCUUAUCUACAAACUCCCAUUUGUUGAAUGUAUGAUGUUUGGAGCGCUGAUAACAUCAACUGAUCCUAUAACUGUUUUGGCAAUAUUCCAGGAACUUGGCACAGAUGUGAAUCUUUAUGCCUUGGUUUUUGGAGAAUCAGUUUUGAAUGAUGCGGUUGCAAUUUCCCUGUACAGGUCAAUGUCGGCGUUGAAGGGUCAGUCAUCAAGUCAGAAUGUGUUCACGUUCUUCUUGAGGUUUAUUGAGACUUUUGCUGGCUCAAUGUCUUCAGGGGUUGGUGCUGGAUUCAUAUCUGCUCUGCUUUUCAAGUAUGCAGGUCUAGAUAUUGAAAACCUUCAGAACUUGGAAUGCUGUCUGUUUGUUCUUUUCCCUUAUUUCUCGUACAUGCUUGCGGAAGGUCUUGGGCUCUCUGGUAUCGUGUCCAUACUGUUCACCGGGAUUGUCAUGAAGCACUAUACUUACUCAAAUUUGUCCGAGAAGUCUCAACAAUUUGUGUCUGGAUUUUUCCAUCUAAUAUCAUCCUUAGCUGAGACUUUUAUAUUCAUAUACAUGGGCCUUGAUAUUGUCAUGGAGAAGCAUAGCUGGUCGCAUAUAGGCUUUAUCUUCUUCGCAAUUAUAACUAUUGUGCUAGCCAGGGCUGUCAAUGUCUUCUCAUGUGGAUAUUUGGUCAAUUUGGUUAGACCAGCACAUAGAAAGAUACCAAUGACGCAUCAGAAAGCGCUUUGGUACAAUGGACUUCGAGGGGCUAUGGCUUUUGCUCUUGCUCUCCAGUCUGUUCAUGAUCUGCCUGAAGGGCAUGGCCAGACGAUAUUCACAGCUACCACGGCAAUAGUUGUUUUAACGGUUUUGCUUAUUGGUGGAACAACAGGAACCAUGCUUGAAUCUUUGCAAGUUAUUGGUGAUACCCCUGAGGGCCACCUAGAUGGCUUCAAUAGGAGCGAUGGCUUUGUGUCUUCUGGCCAAGAAGACGAGGGAUCAUCUUCAAACAGAUUUAAGAUGAGACUAAAAGAAUUCCAUAGAAGCGCUCCAUCUUUUUCAUCAUUGGACAAAAACUAUCUGACCCCAUUCUUCACUACCCAGACCGGUGAUGAAGAAGAAGAAGAAAAUCUGAUGCUCACUCCAAGAAGAGAAGUCUACAGUACUCGUAACUGAUUCAUUCUUUUGCAAUAUAAUGAUGAUUAAUCAAUAGAGAGUAGUCCUGACAUGGUGGAUCAUGCUUUAACAACUGAAAGAGGCCAUUCACAAAACUUAAGUUCCGUACAUAUGCUAGUGAGCUGGUUCACGCUAAAGCUGGAAGUAGUGAUGUCCAUUACUACUGUAAAACAUGCAUAUAAACUGAUUAGCUGGUUAGUUUGCUGAUCAUUGUCUGAUUCCUUAAAUUUUAGAGAUCAGAUGUUCCUUGUCAGAGUUUAAUCAGGUGCGAUGGAUACCAAAUUCAAUGCAUGUAUAGAGAUCAUUUGUACUGAACUUCAUGGCUGUCUCAUCUCGUGUGUAUCAAAGAAACAAAAAGAACAUUUUUCCUUACAGUAUAGUGUGGCAUUCGUCACUUACAGGGUUACAGUUGCAAACUUGCAAUAGAUGAGCUUGAUAAUUGAUAGCAAUUCAAUAGUUAUUAUGUAAGGAGAAAUGAGUAUGUUCUAAGUAGUAUAAAUGUUGUCGAUCACCUAUGAGUGAAAUGAAACCUUUACUCGCAGAUUCCACAAAUGAUUUGUUUAACACUUGGUAAAUUUAUAUCCAAUGAGUGUUAUAAUGUUAUUUAGUCAA